AUGGGGUGGCUCCGCAAGAACGAGCGAGAUCUCGACGGCGCGCUGGUCCAGCAGGCGCACACGGCGCUCGCACCGACGCUCCAUCGUGCCAGCUUGCUCACGUUCGCCCGCGACGGCCACGGGCGGCGGCGCGUGCGCGAGUCCGCGCUGCUCUCCGGCGACGCGUGCUUCUCCACCAAAGCGGGCGCGCUCGCCGCGGAACAGGUCGCGAACGGCAACCUGUACGACGAGAACGGCGAGCGGCGCGCCGGAGACGCGGAAACCGACCUGUGGGGCCCGGACAGCGCGGACAACUCCCACGCCGCGAGAGACGGCUGCCUUUCGCGGCGGUACCGCGGGCGCGGCGUGUCGGCCUUCGUGGUCGACCACGAGAUCCGCUACAGCCACGACGAGUUCCAGCCCGUGAACGACACAACCGGCCUCGCCUCCCGCGCCUCGGAGUUUUACGCACGCAGCGCGCAGCGCCACGCGCGGGGCGUGCCGCUCCACGGCACGCACGUCGCGGCGACGAUCGCGGGCCGGUCCGUCGGGUUCGCGCCGGACGCCAAGGUCCUCGGCUGCGCGGUCACGGGCGACCUGGGCGGCGUACGCGUCAUCGACUCAGCGGCUGUGGCCGAGGCGCUGGUCGCGGUGGCCAAGUCGCGCGCGCGGCCCGCGGUGGUCAGCAUGACCGCGGGCGCGACGGAGUACAGCUACGGCGCGCUCGACGCCGCGAUCGACCACAUCCUGGCCGAGGCGGGCGUCGUCGUGGUGCGUUCCGCCGGCAACGGCCGCGCGCUGUCGCACCUGCUCGCGGGCGGGCACUCGCAGCGCGCGCUGCACGUCGCCGCGGCGCGCAAGGCGCCGGACGGCGUCGCGCAGGACGACUCGUACACGAACUUCGGGCCGCUUGUUGGGGUGUUUGCGCCGGGCACGGGGGUGCUGUCCGCGUCGAACGCGCAGGACGAUGCGUACGCGGAGCUCACGGGGACGUCGAUGGCGGCGGCGGCGGUCGUCGGGGCCGUCGCGCAGUACCUCGAGCACUCCCCCGAGACGGCGGCGGACGCGGUCCGGCGCAUCGUGCAGCUCGCGGCGGCGCCGCUGCUGCCCGCGCACGCGCGGCGCGGGCGCGAGGCGUUCGGCGGCGCGGCGUGGACGGACGGGUACCUCCAGACGGGCCCGCUGGAGCGCGCGGCGGCGCUGUAUACGACGGCUACCGCCGUCGACGUCGUCAAGCUCGGCGCGACCGCGUACGUCACGCUGUACCUCCGGCAGCCGCUGACGGGCGCCGAGAGCGUCACCGUCGACGUGUCGGUGUCGCACCCGGACGCGAUACGGGCGACGCCGGCGCGCGUGACCUUUUCGCGCGGCACGAUGCCCUCGCCGGCCGGCGGCGUGACGGUCGCGAUCGAGACCAGCCGGCUCGGCGCGAGCGCGCCCGUCGCGUUCGUGGACUUCCGCGCGCGCAGCGCAGACCCCGCGUUUGACGGCGCGGUUCACGCCGUCGCCGUGCGCUGGCGCGCCGGGCCGGCCCGCGGCGCCACCGUCGGGAACGCCGUCGCGCUGACGUCCCUCGGCGCCCCCGGGCGCCCCGCGCGCGUCUGGCACGACCUCAACGAGAUGGAGCUGGUCUCGUCGGUGCGUGAGUUUGGCGACAUCGCCGACCGCUGGCUCGCCGGGACGGUGAAGAUCCUGUCGCGGAUGGACCCGCCUGGCCCGGACCUGCCGUUCGUGUGCCGCAACACCACGUCGCUGGUGGCGGACCGGGACUACUGGUUUGCGUUCUUCGUCGAGGGCGGGUGCGACGGCGGGUGCGCGCUCACGGUCGACACGUGCGGCACGCACUUCGACUCGGCGCUCAAGGUCUGGGACUACACCGACGUGCGGGCGCCGGAGGUGGUGGCGGACUGCACGCACAGCGGGCCCGGGGACGACGUUGGGCCCGGGGCGCGUGUGGAGUGGUUUCCGGGCUUCGAGGGGGGCAUGGCGGGGGAGGAGCGGUGGGAGGACGUGGAGUGCGGCCGUUUGGCGUCGAGGAUUGAGGCGCGGGUGUUCUCGGGGCGGCGGUACAUGGUGCAAAUUGGAAAACUGCUGUCAAGUCGGGCGCAGCGGCUGCAGCGCGUGCUGUCGCUGCACGCGCAGCUCGACGCCGCGAACGUGACGCUCUCGCAGUCGGAGAGCCGGAUCCUGGGCCACGAGCGGGGGCUGGAGGGGGGGAGUGUCGGGGGGGGUGUGGAGCCCGCGGAGCCCGACUCCCCCGUCGCGCCGGCGUCGGUGUACGGCCUCUCGCUGUCGAUCGUCGCGUCCUUCAGCACGGACGCGAAGGACGGCACGCUGACGGCGCGCGAGCGCGCCGCGAUCGUGACGGCCAUGGCCGGUGCCGCGGGCCUCGGUUCGACCGCCGCGCGCUUCGCGACGAACGUCUUCGUCCGCCUCGGCGCCCCACAGACCGAGCUCAACGCCACGGGCGGCCUCGCCGCGGAAACCGCCGGCCCGGGCCCCCAGCGGGCCAGCCGCGCCCUCCGCGCCGGCUCUGGGCACUACAACGUCACCGUGCGGGUCAGCGUCGGCACGCUCGCGCAAGCGAGCGUCGCGCACACGCAGUUCCUGAGCGCCGCCAGCUCCGGCGCGCUCGCCGCCGGCAUGCCCGGCCUGGCAACGGUCGAAGCGGCCACCGCAGACAUCGUGGAAGUUCCCGCCUAUGACGCGUUCGGGCCGAACCGGCCAGGGUUCCAGACGCAGCCGGCGGACUUCGGGGAGGCCGCGAGCGCGCCGGCGCCCGCGGACGGCUUCUCGCUGUUCGGUCUGCCCAAGCUGUGGUCGGUUGUUGUCGUCGCGGGCGGGGGGGUGUGUUGCCUCGCGGCGCUCGCGGGCGUGGUGGUCGUCGUGACGCACCGCCGCGUGCAGAAGGCCGCGCUCGAGCGCAUCUCGUCGGACCGCGCCCGCGUCGCAGAUAUCGAGGACGAGGGCGCGGAAGUAGUCGAUGGAAUCCGAAUCAGAAAUCGCCGAGCGACUGGUUGGCCCACCGACCCGUACACGGUCGGCGUCCCCGUCACGGUCCAGGACGCCAACGUCUUCGCGAUCGUCAGCCCCACCGGCGAGCGCGUGCGCGUCGACGACGCCCCCCCGCUCCCCGGCACCCCGCGCCAGGAGACGGCCGCUGCCCCUGCCGGCGGCGGCCCCUCGGGCAGCGACGACGGGGCCGUGCCGGCCGUGUCGAGCCCCCCGCUGCGCACGGGCAGCGGCGGCGAGAGCCGGCGCGCGCGGAGGUCCGCGUCGGUGACGCCGGCGGACGCGCGGCAAGCGCUGCCGGGGUCGCCGCCGCUGACGCCGUCGGGCGUGAGCCUGCCGCGGCUCGCAGGCGAGAGCAGCUCGACGCACAGGGACGCUGCGUCGUCGCGACGGAGCACCGCGAGCGCGGCGGGGUCGAAAAAGCAGGACGGCGACGACGCGUGA